AUGUCCAAACUCUCACCCACCCUAAAAGUGCUCAUCAGCGCACCACACGCCCGCCCAAACACACUCCCCGCGCCGCCCGCCGUCCGCUCAGUAUACGAGCGCUUAAGACAAGAAGCAGUAGCCCAGAAUGUAGGACUGCCGGCCUGGCUUACAUUAUCAACAGCAACAACGAUGACGAUGAAUUCCCCGGAUGGACUGACGGAGCUAUAUAACAUCGCCACGUCGUCGUCGCGAGAUAAAGAACAGUCUGUGCUGGCUGCUGAGCUGAUGAGGGAGGUGGGAUUGAAGUGUAUAGGGUUCAAUGGGGUGCGUAUACCUACUCGGCAGCUCACGCACGCACUUGGAUGGACGGAGGAGGCUGAUCAUGUGACUGUCAUGACAGGAGCCUUCCGCGCCAAUCUACCCCGUGAAAUCGCCUCCUCGCUAUCUACAACACCCACACGACACACCACCCCCAGCACCCUCCCCUCCAUCCUCGCCCGCGGCGCCUCCCUCUGGACAUCCAUCUACCGUCCCUUCGACUCCAAGCUCUUCGCCAAACUAGCGCAAUCGCACCCAGACCUCCCGUCCUUCAUCGUAGACCACGAGUACGGGGCUCUGUUCGCAGACCCCUCGGUCCAAUACGUGCCCGGUGCCAAGGUGGGCCGCGUGCUGACGAGCAUCGUGGCCAUCGCGGGACUGAGGGCGCAGACGGGCGUCGGCCCGCAGGUCACGAGCCAUGUGUAUGGACUGCGGAAGGCGUACGAGGAUGGGAGUGCGGGCGCGCAAGGGGAGGCGGUUGUGCAGGGCGGAGAGUGGUUGGCGGGUGAUGAGGGGUGUGUUUGGCUUUUGGGGGGCGUGGAUAAGAUUGUAGAGGCGUUGAGUGGGGGAGCGGGGACGUCGUUCGCGCCGGGGUUCAAGGCGAAAUUGUAG